AUGCAUAUAAACGCAUCCACGAGGUCUGCUGCCAAGGCCGGGGCAUUGAUCCAGGAGUAUCUUAUUCUUCAAGACCAUAGUUAUUUGAAAAACGAGAAGAGUGGCAAGAAUUCUCUUUUAGACCAUAAGGAAGUAUCUAAAUCAAUGAUACUUCUACCAACUCGAGAUACUCAUAUAACAUUGGACUUGCACAAAGUGUCUGCUCAGGAAGAGCCUAAAUUUCUGGAUGAUGCUAAAAAUACAACUAAAAACAAUAUGAUAAUGAAGGCUACAGACAAUAUAUUUCACAAUUUUAAUAAUGAAAGAGGAAAUUCUGUAGAAAAUUUAAGCAAUGAUUUCUCCUUCCAGUGCAAUACGAGGGACAUAUGGCAAUCAGAUUCUUCGCAAAACAUCGACUCAUCACAGAGCGAAAUUCGCGAUGUAGAUUCGUCUAUUUCUGCUCUCACCCCGGAUUCUGGCUCGAAUUCUUCUCAUGAGCUUCAUUCAAGUCGUAGCAUUUUGGUGAAGCCCCUCACCGAGCCGGAAGAUGAUACAUCGAGUUAUAUCAGGUGGCAGAAGGAGACACCCAUUGAACGCGAGAUCCGGCUGGCCCGCGAGCGAGAGGAGGAGCUGCGGCGAGACAAGGGGCUGCCGCCGCUGGCCGCCAACAACGUAGUCUCCAAUGUCAAGAAGGCCGAGGUGCAGAAAUUCACCAAUCGUAGAAAUACUGCUUUAAAUGACUGCCGGAGUGUUCAACAUCGAAUAGCUACGAGCCGAAUACAACAGGAAAUAAAUGAAGCUACUGAGAGAGAGAAAGAAUUGCAUGCAGCUGGCCUCAUACAAACCAUCUCAGAGGACACAGUGGAUUCGAAGGUAACACGAUUUACUGACCUGGCUGGAUAUGCUAUUGAGGAAACAGAACGAAAAUUACGGCGUGCUGUAUCAACAUCUUCGGUUGCCACUGAGCCUGAAAAUCAGCCAGUGGUAUCAAUUACUCCUCAAAAUGGCCAGAAAGCAACUACAUUUCGUCCACUUUUUGAGAGUACACCAAAUUAUACAAAUAGUAACACACUGACAUCAUCAAAGAAGCUUCCACCCCGUGUUGGGCACAAAGGUGUAAUGCAAAGAUUUCUGGCAUCUCGUGGUAAAGUGAGUCCUGUCACUACGUACAGUCGACCCAAUCUAUUUUCAUCUGUUUCGUAUAGUGCUGCAGUGUCACCUCUCAUAACUUCAAAAGACAUGGGUCAAAAAAUUGAUGCAGCAGAUGAACAGGAAGUGAGAAUUAUAGAAGAUAAAACCAAGCUUGCAUCCCCUUUGGUUCUCAUCUUAGCCCCUUCAGGACCAGACACACUUCAGGUGCACAAUUUUGGAUAUGCCAUAAACACAGCCUUCUGGCUGCCAACUUGCAAUAUGAAGGAAACUUGGCCUGGGUCUUUGCAACGUGCCCGAAUAUUUGCUCAGUCUCAUCCCAACCUUCUAUCAAUCGGAGAUUUUGAAGAAAGUGAUGUGAAUCAUGAAAGUGAGGAAAUGAAAAGAUCUUCUAUUUCUGGAAAUAGUGACUCCAGUUCUUUCUUGGAGAAUUCAAAGGAUACAAAUGGAGAUUCAUCACUUCCAGAGGUGGUAUAGAAUUUCUUUCAGAACGAAUGUUUGUCUGUGUGUCCUGUGUUAUUUAAAUCGUAUUUCUUUAAAAAUAAAUACUGAAUUUUUGAAUUGUAUAUAUUUUGAUUAUAUACUCAGGUGACUAUUUUCUUACUUUUUGGAAAAUGUUGAAAUAUAAAUGCUACAUUUCUUUCAAAUGCAAUACAAAGCAUGACCUUCUAGUAUUAUUUUGGGAUUAUCUUCUUUCAAAUAUAUAUCUACAGCACAAUAUUGUACAUAUACACAUAGACCUAGGUGUUUUCUGAAUUGAAUUUUCUGUUAGUUUUUGACUGUGUUCUUUGUUUCUGCUUAAUGUGCUAUGUUGUAAUGUUCUUUGUGGGAAGACAUGUUUAAAUAUUUAUUUGUGAAAUGUUAUUGUAAUGUCUUGUAUCUUCUUUGAUUCAAAGGUGAAUAACUUUUCUUUGAUUUUUCAAAUUUUGUUUGUAAAAUUUAUGUUCUUUUUCAUUGAUUUUGAAGAGUUUCAUGAACUAAAUUUUGUGUGAAUUCACAUGAAAAAAAAAUUCAAAUAAUUUAUAUAAACAUUGCAGUAAUAGUACUGUGUACCCACCUUUUAGUUGUGCAUUUACAGUGCAGGAAGAUCAACAGUCUCCUGCCUAAUCUUGGAAUUGUAGUACAAUUAGUAUUUCAUUGUUAAUUGUUAUAUGUCUAGUGUGACUUUAGAUUUGUGCUUUCUUUGCUGAUUUCUCACCAUCCUUUGUGGAAAUGAUGGAAUAACCUAUGCAAAAUAUAUAUCUCGUAUAUAACUUCCAAGAAAUUGUUUUUAUUAGUUUGCCAAUAGUGUUUUUCAUUUUGUGCAGUAUUGACAUUAUAAUGUUAAAAAUAUGAUAAAACUGCCUUGUUUUUCGUAUUGCAGAAACCAUAAAUAGACACCAAAGCUUAUUUAUUUAAAUGCCCUAUUUGUUUGCUUUGGAUCAAACAUUUUACCAUAUUUAUUAAUACUGUAGAUAAAAUGAUAGAAAAAUGUAUCUUAUCUUUUUUAUACAGCUGUGCUUGUACUGAAGGGAAAAUCUUAAAAACUACAAAUUCUUUUGAUAUUUCUAGGCAUGGGUAUACAGUAAAACCUGAUUUUCUGUUAUAAAAGAGGGCAAGGGGGUGAGAGUUGUUCAAAAAUGAUAUAAAAAGAAUUAAUAAGGUAGGUUUUGCACAAAAGGGAUGUUGAACCUGUAAGUAAAUCCACCUUCACGCUAACAUAGCGUAAAUAAUGACUGAUUGAUCUUAUCAAAGAUGUUGCUUUCUUCUGAACUUUGGCUGCAUUUACGUUUUUAUUUAUGUUCAUUUUAAUCUUUUGCAAAUGGAGAAAGUCCAUAUAACUAGUGUUGUCCUGCUGCUCCACAAAAUGUAACGAGAAAAAGCUGAUUCCGAAGUUGCUUGUAAAAUAAUCUGUGCUGAUGACAAUUCUUUUAUUUUAUGUACUUUACUUUCAAUACAAAUCACAAUGCAUUUUCUUUUUGCCCUUGACAUGCUUAGUGGUACAAUUCAAUAGUUAACUGUACACAAUACUCGGUACUCAAUAAAUAACUGCAGGUCCACUCUUGUACUAUGGUGGAAUUAUAUUAGCUAAUGCUCCAGUAGAUACACAAUAGUCAAUAUAUCAGUCAGUCAGAGAGCACCUUUUGUGAUCUGGGGAUUGGUUGCCAAAAAAAAAAAAAAUUAUAGGUGAUGACUGUUAAUUGGCCAGAUGGUCAAUUAAGGGACAGAAAGGAAAGGUUUUGCUGUAUAUAAAUAUAUCAAAAUAGUUCUUACUAAUUGGGAUGUAACAUCAAUUUAUUAAAGCUGAUGUUUUCUUAACAUCAAAGUUUUGUGCUCAAUGUUUUCUUUGUGAACAAAAUUCUCCAAAAUCUCAAUUUUGUAAAAGUUGAAAAAUGAAAUAAUAAUUGGUGAUACUUCUGUCAGUUUGUGUUCAGAUCAAAUGAACGCUGUUUGUAUUAGGACUACCUUUAUCGAGCAGGCUCUCUCUUGCUCAAGAUGACCCGGAUAGUUUUGUAUGUACUAUGAUUAUUCUCGUAUUUCGCAUAUAGAGAGGUGGUCAACUCUUGGUCCAUGUGUGUAGGACCUCCCCCUUCUUCGUUGAACCGAGGACUGACCCUUUUGAGAUGACCCUGGGUGCUUAUGCUUUGAGGCUCUGUAUUGUUAAUUAUUCUUAUUAUUUUUAACUUUGUUUUGACUGUUAAAUCUUAAUUAUAAAUAAAUAAACAAACAAACAAACCCAGCCCCUGUUAAAAUUAAAUUUUGUCUUG